GGUAUCUACCUACAAAUCCACAUUGCGUUACAACUCAAAAUACCUGCAUCGAUCUUUUUAGAUGCAUUCGACGUGUGUUUCUCUGGUGUUGUAGGACAAAAGCUUUCUAGAUGUCAAACAUGGCGACAGAAACGAUGAAGAAUGGGGCCCAUCUGAACGGGAAGACGGACACAUGGUGUCCUCUGGAGCCAGUGCCGACUCCAGCAGAGUCAGAAGACGUGAACAAACUGCCCAAUCGGGUGGCCGACAUGUUAGCCGGGCGAUCCAUCCUCAUCACAGGUGGCACUGGGUUCAUGGGCAAAGUUCUGAUCGAGAAGAUCCUGAGAAGCUGCGGCGAUGUCGACACCAUAUACCUGCUCAUUCGCACCAAAAAGGGGAAGGAACCGCGUCUGCGUGUGGACGAGAUAUUCGCCUCGCCGGUAAGUGACUGCAGUGAACAGGAGCUGCCAUAUUCUCUGCACAUUGCAAAAAAUAAAAACAUAAUGGAAUGAACGUGCCCGUCCGUC